UAUGUCGAUAGGAAAGUCUAUGAACAAGAUGUCACGGUUUAUUUAAGUUUAUUUUAUUUUCUUUAUUCUAAAAAUCUAAAAUGACAAUUAAAAUAGUCAUCUGUGUGCGUGUGCCGUCCUCCUCUUUGUCGUUCGAUAUGUCUAUCGACCGACGCGGCAGCGCUGGCAGUGGCGGCGCCCCUCAAACAGCGCCUGUGUGCAAGAAAUGGCGGCUGUAUAAGCGGACAACACACGGUGCUCUCGGACUCGUUUCUGUGUGUCACACCCGUCCGAAGACGGGUUACGACGCGAAGAAAAGAUAUUAACAUCAAGCAAACUUAAAGACGAUGGCAAUGUCGAAUCUGUACUCGAAGAUUUCCACCAAGCCAAUGAAGCGCUUUCAAGACAACAUCGCAGUCAAACAGACUAAUGCCUGGAUGAACGCGGAAUCUCCAAGCAAUACAUCAGAUUCGCCACCGUCAGUUAGCCCCCUUUCUUCAUCUAUCGUAUUACAACGCGAAGAAACCAAUGCGAUAAAUCAACCAUUGAGUGCUCCUGCAUCGCCUUUGUCUUCCUUAUCAUCGCCUAUAACUCAAUUAAAUUUACCAUCACCCGGAGACUGCACUCAGGAUCCCAAUUGGCAAGCAACAAAACCUACAGUUCGGGAACGGAAUGCGGCCAUGUUUAAUAAUCAUCUCAUGGCCGAUAUCAUAUUUAUUGUUGGCAGUCCAGGCCAUACACAAAUUAUACCAGCACAUAAAUAUGUUCUUGCUACUGGUAGUUCUGUAUUUUAUGCUAUGUUCUAUGGAGGGUUACCAGAAAAUAAAAGAGACAUUGAAGUUCCUGAUGUUGAACCAGCUGCCUUUCUUGCAUUAUUAAAGUAUAUGUAUUGCGACGAAGUGCAAUUGGAAGCGGACACAGUUCUGGCCACAUUGUACGUUGCAAAAAAAUACAUAGUUCCACACUUAGCACGGGCAUGCGUCAAUUAUUUGGAGACGAGCUUGACGGCGAAGAACGCAUGUUUACUUCUGAGUCAAUCUCGAUUAUUCGAAGAACCCAAUCUUAUGCAACGUUGUUGGGAGGUGAUCGAUGCACAAGCAGAAAUGGCAUUAAGAUCCGAGGGUUUUGUGGACAUUGACAUUCAUACACUCGAAUCUGUCUUAUCUCGAGAGACACUAAACUGCAAAGAAAUCCAUAUAUGGAAUGCUGCAUUACGAUGGGCUUCCGCGGAAUGUAUACGACAAGAUCUUGAGCCUACUCCAGUCAAUCAAAGGCAAUUAUUAGGAUCUGCCUUAUAUUUAAUUAGACUUCCUGCCAUGAAUCUGGAAGAGUUUGCAAACAAUGCCGCACAGAUAGGAAUUUUAACGCAUCAAGAGACAAUUGAUUUAUUUUUGCAUUUCACGGCCAGUAACAAGCCACAACUUUGUUUUCCUACCAAAUCACGUCAAGGACUAAAAACUCAAGUUUGCCAUAGAUUUCAAUCCUGUGCAUAUAGAUCAAAUCAAUGGCGAUACAGAGGUCGUUGCGACUCGAUUCAAUUUAGCGUCGAUAAAAGAAUAUUCGUAGUGGGUUUCGGUUUAUACGGAAGUUCGUCUGGUGCUGCAGAUUACAAUGUUAAAAUAGAGUUGAAGAGGCUCGGGAAUGUUUUGGCAGAAAACAAUACGAAAUUUUUCUCCGACGGCUCGAGCAACACGUUUCAUGUAUAUUUUGAGAAUCCGAUACAAAUAGAACCAGAAUGUUCGUACACGGCAAGUGCAAUAUUGGACGGCGGGGAGUUGAGUUUCUUUGGUCAAGAGGGUAUGUCGGAAGCGACGGUUGGCAGUGUAAACUUUCAGUUUCAAUGUAGUUCCGAGAGCACUAACGGUACCGGUGUGCAAGGUGGACAAAUUCCAGAAUUAAUUUUCUACGGACCGCCGUCCGAUGACUGACGGAAAAUUACAACGGAACAUAUGGUUUAAUUAAUUAAGAUUGCAACGAGAAAAUAUUCAGAUUAUUCAUUGCAAAUCUGCCAAGUUUUGAAACAAGGAAGAGAACGUGCAUUAUAGGUACACUCUAUGAACUGAAUAUUCAAACUUCAAAUUGAAAUACUUCUUAAAUAUUCGAUAUUCAAAUUAUGUCAAAUGUAAAAGCACUUUUAUGAAAUUUUGAAAGACGAUACUCGAGAAUAAGUAAUAGAAGAUAAUGUAUAAUAUUUUCAGGAAUGUUUGAUGUCGAGUUAAUUCACAAAAUCUAUUUCUUCUAUUGUAGAUAUAGUUAAUUUAAAAUGUGCAAAAUUAUAAAAUUAUCAUAUUAAUAAGAGAAAUUAUUUCUAAUAUAGAAAUAUUUUCAAGUUUGACAUCUCAUAUAUAUCUGUUAUAAGUAAUUUAUUAAUUUAAUAUAUAUAAGAAAUUGUAUUAAGUGAUCUUUGUAUAAUUUAGAAUAUAAGUUAAGUUUUAUUAUAUUUUGUAAUUAAUAAUUAUAAAUUUCUCAGAAAAUGUGAAAUGAUCAAAGCAUGAUGCUAAAAAUUUUUUCAAUAUGAAGAAUAGUAACAAAUUUUCAUGCACAUUCAAUAUAUUAUUGGCUAAACUUGUUCAGAAAUAAUAUUUUCAUAGAAAAUAAUGAUCUAUUAUA